AUGAGCGCGGAAGACAAGCGACGGCCGCACAGAAGGCAAGCGACGGCCGCGCGGAAGACAAGCGGCGGCUACAUAGGAGUGCGCAAGCGCGGAAGGCGAGCGAGCGCGGAAAGCGAAGCGGCGGCUAACACGGAAUUCAAGCGGCGGCUGACACGAAAAUAUGAGCGGAGCGGAAAGCCAUACGUGGAAGUGAGCGAAGCGGCGACUGCAUUAAUUCUCGCUGCAUUUAUUGCCGCUGGUCAGCAGUGCAUUUACUGCGCCGCCACAAUAAUUCCUGCACAGAAUUCUGCUGCAUUUAUCGGCGGACAAAGAUUUCUGCCUCCAACUAGAACAUUUGGAAUAGUUAGUGAAAACAAGGUCGUUGAUGCCGAUGAAGGUAUUUACUCAAAUGAUAAGGCAGUUCGUAGCGGCAGUCAAAGAUUUCUGCCUCCAACUAGAGCAUUUGGAGUAGUUGGUAAAAACAAGGAUGUUGAUGCCGAUGAAGGUGUUUUCUUAAAUGAUAAGGCGGUUCCUAGUGGCGGUCAAAGAUUUUUGCCACCAACUAGAGCAUUUGGAAUACUUGGUGAAAAAAAGUUCGUUGAUACCGAUGAAGGUGUUUACUUAAAUGAUAAAGCGGUUCGUAGCGGCGGUCAAAGAUUUUUGCCACCAACUAGAGCAUUUGGAAUACUUGGUGAAAACAAGGUCGUUGGUGUCAAUGAAGGUGUUUACUUAAAUGAUAAGGCGGUUCGUAGCGGCGGUCAAAGAUUUAUGCCUCUAAUUAGAGCAUAUGGAAUAGUUGGUGAAAACAAGGUCGUUGAUACCGAUGAAGGUGUUUACUUAAAUCAUAAGGCUAUUAGUAGCGGCGGACAAAGAUUUCUGCCUCCAACUAGAGCAUUUGGAAUAGUUAGUGAAAACAAGGUCGUUGAUGCCGAUAAAGGUGUUUACUUUCAUGAUAAGGCGAUUUGUAGCGGUGGUAAAAGAUUUCUGCCUCCGUUAGGAACCGCCUUAUCAUUUGAGAAAACACCAUCAUCGGCAUCAACGACCUUUCUUUCACCAACUAGAGCAUUCGGAAUACUUGGUGAAAACAAGAUCGUUAAUGCCAAUGAAGGUGUUUACUUUAAUGAUAAGGCAGUUCGUAGCGGCGGUCAAAGAUUUCUGCCUCCAACUAGAGCAUUUUGAAUAGUUGGUGAAAAUAAGGUUAUUGAUGUCGAUGAAGGUGUUUACAUAACUGAUAAGGCGGUUCGUAGCGGUGGUCAAAGAUUUUUUCCACCAACUAGAGCAUUUGAAAUACUUGGUGAAAAUAAGGUUUUUGAUGCCGAUGAAGUCGUUUACUUAAAUGACAAAGCAAUUUGUAGCGGCGGUCAAAGAUUUUUGCCACCAACUAGAGCAUUUGGAAUACUUGCUGAAAACAAGGUCAUUAGUGCCGAUGAAGGCGUUUACUUUAAUGAUAAGACGAUUCGUAGUGGGGGUAAAAGAUUUCUGCCACCAACUAGAGCAUUUGGAAUAAUUGGUGAAAACAAGAUUUUUGAUGCCGAUGAAGGUGUUUACUUAAAUGAUAAGGCGGUUUAUAGCGGCGGUCAAAGAUUUCUGCCACGGACUAGAGCAUUAGGAAUACUUGGUGAAGAAAAGAUUGUUUGUGACAACGAAGGUAUUUACUAUAAUGGGGUCCGAAGCGUUUUCAGCGUCCCACGAGUCCUACUCCUUCCGCUUGAUCACAGAGACGUCUGUUCAGAGAGCAAGUGUGGAAACAAUACAUGGCGAAUCAAGGAAAUGUCACUGCUCUUUCUACUGUCGUCCCAGCUUUCCAGACUGCCGCUGGGACAUCUUCAAACUCCGCCACAUCUGCAUCCUCGCAGGAUGUGCCGCUCCACAUCCCCACUGUGGUCCCUGUUGCCGUUCCCCAUAUGCUCACACCGACUGAGGAGCAAUUAUUGAGAGCCCUCGGUAGCAUUCAACAGGGAAUGGCGGGGCUGCAAGCGCACCUCGCUCAGGUGGAACAAGCUCAAGCUGCGCAGGGAGCAUUUAUCGCUUCCCAAGCGGCACAAGCUGCCAACACCGCUGCGAUGCCCGCAACCAUCACUCCCCC